UAAAACCCAAUCCAGGAGUCCUGGACCAGGACUCGCUCUACUGUCUUACACUCUAGCUGUUCACUACACACAAGAGCUAGCUAUCACACGGACACAAUGACACCCUUGAGACCCGAGCCUCUCCUUGUCCUCCUCAUUGUCACAUUCGCUGGCACCGCCGCCGCCGCCUCCUCCUCCGGAGCCACCGGCACUGUCCCCUUCUACCCCUCCGCGGAGGCCGCCGCUGCCGCGCACUGCGACGGCACACUCUACCCAGACCUCUGCCUGUCCACGCUCGCCGACAUCCCUGACCUCCACAAGAAGCCCCUCCCGGACGUCAUCUGCGCCGCCGUCAACCGCACCGAGGAUGUCGUCACCGCCACGGCCUCCAACUGCUCAUCCUACCUCCGGGACAGGACCCUCACCGCGCGUGACCGCCUCGCCAUCAGCGACUGCAUGGAGCUCUUCUCCACCACCAUGGACGAGCUGCAGGCCACUACCGCUGACCUCGAGUCUCCCGCCGCCUCCAACGGCUCUGUCUCGCCGGGCGCCAGGCGCGCGACCAUGGACCACGUCAUGACGGUGCUCUCCGCUGCCAUCACCAACCAGUACACCUGUCUCGACGGCUUCGCGUACCAGAACGGCGGCCGGGUGCGGCGCUACAUUGAGCCCACCCUCCACCACGUCUCCCGCAUGGUGAGCAACUCGCUCGCCAUGGCCAAGAAGCUGCCCGGCGCCGGCCCCGGCGCGCCCACGCCAUCACCGUUGACGGCGCAGGCGGAGACCGUGCGGCGGCAGCCGUUCAUGGGGUACGGGCAGAUGGUGAAGGGGUUUCCUCGGUGGGUGAGGCCCGGAGACCGGCGGCUGCUGCAGGCGCCGGCGGUGAGCAUAACAGCGGACGCGGUGGUGGCGAAGGACGGAAGCGGGAACUACACGACGGUGUCGGCGGCCGUGGCUGCGGCGCCGGCCAACUCGGCAAAGCGGUACGUGAUCUACAUAAAGGCCGGCGCGUACAUGGAGAACGUGGAGGUGGGGAAGAAGCACAAGAACCUGAUGUUCAUCGGCGACGGCAUGGGCAAGACCGUCAUCAAGGCCAGCCGCAACGUCGUCGACGGCUCCACCACCUUCCGCUCCGCCACAGUCGCUGUGGUGGGCAACAAUUUCUUGGGGCGCGACCUGACGAUCGAGAACUCGGCGGGCCCGUCGAAGCACCAGGCGGUGGCGCUCCGCGUGGGCGCGGACCUGUCGGCGUUCUACCGGUGCAGCUUCGUGGGCUACCAGGACACGCUCUACGUGCACUCCCUCCGUCAGUUCUUCCGCGACUGCGACGUGUACGGCACAAUCGAUUUCAUCUUCGGCAACGCCGCCGUGGUGCUCCAGGGUUGCAACCUCUACGCGCGCAAGCCGCUCCCGAACCAGAGCAACAUCUUCACCGCGCAGGGGCGUGAGGACCCCAACCAGAACACGGGCAUCUCCAUCCAGAAAUGCAAGGUCGCCGCGGCGUCCGACCUCGUCGGCGCCGAGUCCACGACCAAGACGUACCUGGGCCGCCCCUGGAAGCAGUACUCCCGCACGGUGUUCAUGCAGUCGGAGUUGGACUCGCUGAUCGACCCGGCCGGGUGGCUGGAGUGGAACGGCAACUUCGCGCUCGACACGCUCUACUACGGCGAGUACAUGAACAUGGGCCCCGGCGCGGGGACCUCGGGGCGGGUCAAGUGGAAGGGGUACCACGUGAUCACCAGCGCCGCGGAGGCCAGCGCGUUCACGGUGGGGUCCUUCAUCGACGGGGACGUGUGGCUCGCCGGCACGUCCAUCCCGUUCGCCACCGGCCUGUGAGCUGUGGCGCUCCCAGCGAUUCCAUCACCGCGAGAUGGCAAUAAUAAAUGGGCGUACGCUCACAGGUCCGGUGAAAGAUAGCACCGCCGGUUCGAUCGUGUUACCUGCUGUCAUUGAUUCUUUUCGUUCUUGGGCCCAAACUGUAGCGUCUUCCGGUCCCGCCCUUAUUUUACGUACGUGCAUGAAUGAUGUGGUACUCAUCUAUUGACAAGGAUCCGGAUCGGACGUACUCCGUAUAGCGAGCUACGUUCAAUAGAACAUGGACGCUCGUUGAUUCUAGUGUACUUUAUUGCCCUUCCCUUUUUUCC